AUGAAUGAACAGCAGGACGAGGAGGGAGAGGAGCAGGCCGAGGAGAGAGAGGAGCAGGCCGAGGAGGGAGAGGAGCAGGCCGAGGAGAGAGAGGAGCAGGCUGAGGAGAGAGAGGAGCAGGCCGAGGAGGGAGAGGAGCAGGCCGAGGAGGGAGAGGAGCAGGCUGAGGAGGGAGAGGAGCAGGCCGAGGAGAGAGAGGAGCAGGCCGAAGAGGGAGAGGAGCAGGCUGAGGAGAGAGAGGAGCAGGCCGAGGAGAGAGAGGAGCAGGCCGAAGAGGGAGAGGAGCAGGCCGAGGAGAUAGAGGAGCAGGCCGAAGAGGGAGAGGAGCAGGCCGAGGAGGGAGAGGAGCAGGCCGAAGAGGGAGAGGAGCAGGCCGAAGAGGGAGAGGAGCAGGACGAGGAGGGAGAGGAGCAGGCCGAGGAGAGAGAGGAGCAGGCCGUAGAGGGAGAGGAGCAGGCUGAGGAGGGAGAGGAGCAGGCCAAGGAGAGAGAGGAGCAGGCUGAAGAGGGAGAGGAGCAGGCCAAGGAGAGAGAGGAGCCGGCCGAAGAGGGAGAGGAGCAGGCCGAGGAGGGAGAGGAGCAGGCCGAGGAGGGAGAGGAGCAGGCUGAAGAGGGAGAGGAGCAGGCCGAGGAGGGAGAGGAGCAGGCCGAGGAGGGAGAGGAGCAGGCCGAGGAGGGACACACCCGGACUAUUGUGUUUCCAAUUGCAGAAGAAGAGGAGUUCGUGUCAGAGGAGGGAGAGGAGCAGGCCGAGGAGGGAGAGGAGCAGGCCACGGAGGGAGAGGAGCAGGCCGAGGAGAGAGAGGAGCAGGCCGAGGAGGGAGAGGAGCAGGCCGAAGAGGGAGAGGAGCAGGCCGAAGAGGGAGAGGAGCAGGCCGAAGAGGGAGAGGAGCAGGCCGAGGAGGGAGAGGAGCAGGCCAAGGAGGGAGACGAGCAGGCCGAGGAGGGAGACGAGCAGGCCGAGGAGGGAGAGGAGCAGGCCGAGGAGGGAGAGGAGCAGGCCGAGGAGGGAGACGAGCAGGCCAAGGAGGGAGAGGAGCAGGCCGAGGAGGGAGAUGAGCAGGCCGAGGAGGGAGACGAGCAGGCCGAGGAGGGAGAGGAGCAGGCCGAGGAGGGAGAGGAGCAGGCCGAGGAGAGAGAGGAGCAGGCCGAGGAGGGACACACCCGGACUUUUGUGUUUCCAAUUGUUACUGUACUGCAGUAUCUAUUGUGUCUAAUGGAUCCUCUAUAG